GAAAUAAAAGAGCGAGCAGGGCGGAUAUCUAAGAAUUAUAAAACUCUUCAUGAAAUAUUACUUCGCCAUGAACCGAUUAUACAAGCCCGCUGGGCAAAGAAACGACUUGGCCAAAGGCAAACGUUUCUGCUUCAACUAUGGCCUGACAUGCCACAAAAUCAUCGCCCCGACUUUUACGUCUUUCGGAGUUCAAGAGCCCAGAGAGGCAAUCGGAAAUACCGGCACUGUUAUAUGUUGCCACAUAUCAACCAGAAUGAUCUAACUAUGCAAGAUUCACUACCACUAUUGAUCAAUUCUCGCGCAUUCUACACGCCCUCUCAUUUUGUUGACAUUGAUUUGCAAUCCAUGAAGCUAGGGCUGCAGACGGGAAUCCUGAAAUCAGUCUCCCUCCCUGGGUAUUCAAUGGUUCUCUUAGACGCUGAGACCAUAGAUGAUUAUGGCAAACUUGUCGAUAUAUCAAAGUAUUCAGAAGAGGAAAUUUUGGAUCUCGACAAGACACAUAUUACCCCAUAUUAUGGAAUUCUCCUUUUGGAGGCGCAAGACAGGCUUAUGGCAUUUCUGGUCAGCUGUUGCAAACAAAUAUUGCAUGACAUUCCAGAAGAAAAUCUCGUCUCUGAGAAAUUCCCAAUCUCAAUUGGCUCACCAAAGUUCCUGAACAACAGUGGUGUAUAUGGUCCAGCCGUGAUGGCGGCACAGGCGCCCUAUCGAGUUCCGGGGAAGCCUAACUUCAAGCAGAUUGGAUUACUGCUUGGCGCUAAAAUGGAACAAAUAAAAGACCAUCUCUUGAAUUUGCGAGAAGACCCAGCUUAUUUUGCUAAUACUAUCAAGAUGAUGAAAGACUAUUCGGCAAAAGUCUGGGAUGUGCAUACAAACACUCACUUCCUUCUCAGCGGCAAGAGUAAGACUAAUUUGUUCUCCUUUCUACAAUAUAUGAUUGCAAAGCCUUACGCGGAUUUCGAGUUCUUUUCGGACUUGUACGAAAAAAACCAGCAACUAGAAAGAUUGCAUACCGAAUACGAAGCAGACAUAAUACCGUUCAAGGGUGUGCCUGAUGAGAUUUUGAAGGCCCUGUGCAAGUAUCAGAUGAGUCUAUGGGAGAGCAUCGACUUUAGGCGAUUAAUCCUCAUACGGGUCAUCCGAAGCUCUUCAGUGUGGUUCCGACAUUUUAAUGAUAGUGCAGAUAGUCUGAAUUCUUUCAGGCGCGACGUGGGCAACUAUAAGGCGAGUUCAGUUCGCCGUCACUUGAUAUGGUUGCUCCAGUGUGUAACUGAAUGGGACCCAAAAUUGCCCAGACUUAUCAAGCCUUAUCAUUUAAUCUUGCCUUUAUUGAUGGACGGGAUAGAGACCCUUCGAGAAAAUGAGCCAGAGGCAUGGGAGCUCACAUCUUCUCUCAUAGGAGAGAUUAUAGAUGAGCUAGCAAUUCUCACAAAAUGUAUGGAGAAGGUCAAUUUGUAUCUUCUUCAGACACGAAGAUACGAGCGCCCUACUGCAGGGGGAAAAAGCAUAUACACAAAUUUAGUCAACGAUGAAUUGGAUUACCUUCAUCCUCUACUCGCGUUGGAACAUGAGGCCUAUUUUAGUGUUACUGAAUUUGAGGAAAUUGCAACCAAGACAUUGGUCUAUCCAUGGGAUAAGCGCCGGACCAAAGAAAAUGUGAGGGCGAUGCAGAAAGCUGAACGAGACUUGGACACAUUUUGGGACGCAGCCGAUUCAUUUAUAUUCAACAAAAUUAAACUGUUUCAUGAGUUUCCUGUCGGGAAGCAUAUAACAAGCAUAAAAAAAACCCUUCAACGAACGCCAGAUUGGAUUGAGGAGGAGGGAUCUAUAAUACCAAGGCCUGUCAGACAAAGGAAAGCAAGUCAGGGUGAUGAUGAGGACUAUAAGCCUCCAUUUGCACCUUGCGAUGACCAAAGCGAUAGUCCUGGAAAAUUCAGGCAAGACAGUCGUCAUUGCCUUCAAAUCAAGGUCAAAACAAAGGGUCAAGCUCACAAAGCUGUUGCACAAGUUGAUGUGAGAGCUAUUGAGGAGGUUACAUCUGAAUCGAUACCCCUCAUUCCCGUUGAUAAACGAGCACUUAAAGUGUUUCGUGUUCUGUUCUACAAUCCAGAUGUGACUUCUUCACCAGGAGAGGUUCCCUGGAACGACUUCAUCCACGCCAUGGUCUGUAUCGGGUUCUCCGCGCAGAAAUUGCAAGGAUCAAUUUGGCAAUUUAGCAGGUUGAAUCAUGGUGGGCAUCAGACUAUUUUGUUCCACGAGCCUCAUCCACACAAAAAAGUGCCUUUUUGUGCUGCAAGAUCCAUUGGAUGGAGAUUAAAUAGGCAUUUUCAAUGGUCUUUGGAGAGUUUUGUGUUGAAAAAGAAGCAGACGGAGGUUUUGGAGUGAGGUCACUUCAAAUAUUGAGUAGCUGGACAAAGAGAUGAAGCCCAGUCUGCUAUUGUUUAUCAUUCUUUCUCUCGUUUACCUAUUUUUGCUGUUUUGCUGUUUUGCUGUUUUGCUGUUUUGCUGUUUUGCUGUUUUGCUGUUUUGCAAUUUCAUUCAGUCUUUACCGUUUAUCUUGGCUGUCCUGGUCGCCGUUAUUAUGAGAAUGUGAUUUAAUGAUGGGACUUGACACUUCAGACACUUUCCACAAAUGUCUAGAACUGCUG